UCGUAUACAGCAGAUCAAUGUUUGUAAAAUCGAUUUUUGAAAAGGAUUUUUAAAGAUGGCUUCUAAGAAAGCGGUUUACACUGCCGGUUUUAUUCACCUCGUGCUCGGGUUGUCGGUGUGCCUUUGGCCUCCCAAAGAUACCUGUUCACCUGCUCCGAAUCUGGGCGCUUGGAUUUUCGCGGGCGCCCUCCUUCUUCUGGCCUCCGAUGUGAAGAUGUAUCCGGAUCGUUACACGCACCUGCCGUACGCCAUUCAGUUCCUGGUGGAGACGGUCGGAUCCCUGGCCAUCCUCGAGUUCUUCACAUACGUGGUGUGGUGCACCUUGGAACGCCUUAUCCACCACCUAACGAGGUUGCUACUUUUAUACCUGGGCAUGAACGAUGACACGUACCUGGCGCUGGAGUAUUGGAUCCUCUUAAUUCCCACCACGGUCGUGGCCAGCACCCUCUUAUACAUAAUGAAGAUGGUCAUUAUACCCUACUUUGAUAUAACCUCGGUCUAUGCGAAGCAGCAGGUGAAGGUGCAUCUGAACAAGAAUGUCUACAUUGACGUGGUUAGCCAGAACCUGCACAAACGCAGAAAGUAUAUAUAAUUGCUCAUUAAAUUAGUUAUUUAGAGUGUAAAUUGUUCGUGUAAACUAAAACUAAUAAUUAAUUUGUAUUAUUUGGCUUUAGCGUACAA